GAAAAAAAUGAGAAAGAAGAGGCUAAUGGAGAUAAUAAAGAAAGCAAAGAGAAAACAAUAGAAGAAGAAAAGAAGAAAAAAGAAAAAAAAGAAGAAAAGAAAGAAAGCAAAGAAAAAACGAAAGAAGAAGAAAACAACAUGGAAAUUAAAAAUAAAAAGGAGAAUGGUGAACAGGACAUUGAAGAUAAAAAAAAAGAAAAAAAAGAAACUAAUGCUGAAUGUAGUGCUACGGUAAUGUGGAAUUCAAAAAUCCAAAAUCCAUUUACUGAAACUAUUGACUUUCAAUUGGAAAUUGCCAAGGAAAGUAAACUUGUCGCUGGAGAUGUUGCAAGUAUAAACCUACCUUCACAGGUAUCUAUAACCAACGAUUCUGGCUUCUUGAUAGACCAUUCUGUAACUAUCCUUGAUACCAGUGUGGAAAAUGAGAUAAAUGGUAUGGAAAGUAAAGGGCCAAGCGAGGAUGAGAUUCCCAAUUUUGUUAGCAGCACACCUAGUGGUUCAAGAAAUAUUAUGCCUCAAGAUUUAUACUUCAGUGACAUAGAUGACUCUAACUCUGAUAAUGAAACUAUUUACAAUAUUCACUUGCCAAGUAUGGAACUUGUUGCACCGAAAAUUGCAGGGCUGUUCAUUUGUGGAUGUAAGCGACCAUUUAUUACCAAGUUGAUGUAUCAGCUGCAUUCAGAAAAGUGCAUAAAGGGAAAGGAACAAGGAAAAAAAGAAAUUGGGAAAGAAAAAAAGGACGAUCCCAGAAGAAAAAAUGGGAAAAGUAGAAAAGAAACAGAACAAAGUAAAAGUAAUGAAAACAGGAAAGUUUUGGAAAAACCAAAUGGAAAAGAGAAAGACGGAGAAAAGAGAAUGAAGGAAAGUAUAGCAGAAACAGAAGAAGGUACAGGAAUAGAAUGGUAA